AGCUGGGAGACCACAGCUUCCACCCAGCAGAUAUCCUCUCUUUUGGGGGCAAAGGCCCAACAACUUCCCAACUCAGUCCAGCUUUUCCUAUAUUACUAUGUCGACUGGAGCAGAAGGAGCAGCAGCAGCCCCAAACCGGGGCCAAGAGUCCAAGCCCAAGUCCCAGACUCUGGGCAGUUUUCUAGGAAACCUGCCCCUCUUUGGCUCAGCCCGGAACCUGUUUUCUUCUAGUUCAUCAAAAGAGGCUCGUGGGAACAGCAAGUCAGGACCUAAUGCCCAACAGAGUUCCACAGCAGAUGAGCACCCCUCUGGAAGCCUGGCCAGGCUGGAAGAGAAACCACCAGGAAACGUAAGAAUGGAAAUGUCCGAGGCAAAAGAGGUAUGCUCAGUGGUGACUAGGAAAAAGGAAACAGACACUCCUGGGGUGGCUAAUAUGGUGGAUAUGGCCAAAGGCAUGGUUCAGGGGGGUCUGGACUGCACCAAGUCAACUGUGAGCAGCACCAAGAACACUGUCUACAAGGGAGUCACAGAUGCUCUGGACACAGCAAAAGGAGCCACCCAAGCGAUUGCAAAGGGGGCCAUAGAGGGAGGUGUGAACACCACAAAAACGAUUGUGUCUGGAACUAAGGACUUAGUGUGCAGUGGAGUAACAAGUGCAGUGAAUGUAACCAAAGGAGCUGUCCAGAGUGGCUUGGAUGCUACACAAAACAUAGCAACUGGCACUAAAGACACUGUCUGCACUGGAGUCAGUGGGGCAGUGAAUGUGGCCAAAGGAGUUGUCCAAGGAGGUCUAGACACCACAAAGUCAGUUGUGACUGGAACUAAGGACACUGUUAUUAGUGGAGUCACUGGAGCCUUGAAUGUGGCCAAAGGAACUAUCCAGGGAGGUCUGGACACCUCAAAAUCAGUCUUAGGUGGAACCAAGGACACUGUGUUAUCUAGUGUCACCGGUGCCACAAACGUAGCCAAGGGAGCCCUGCAAACUGGUUUGGACACCACACAGAAAAUAGCAACAGGCACUAAGGACACCCUCUGCACUGGGGUCACUGGAGCCAUGAAUGUGGCCAAAGGAGCUGUCCAAGGAGGUCUGGACACCUCAAAAUCAGUCUUAGGUGGAACCAAGGACACUGUGUUAUCUAGUGUCACCGGUGCCACAAACGUAGCCAAGGGAGCCCUGCAAACUGGCUUGGACACCACACAGAAAAUAGCAACAGGCACUAAGGACACUGUCUGCACUGGGGUCACUGGAGCCAUGAAUGUGGCCAAAGGAGUUGUCCAAGGAGGUCUGGACACCUCAAAAUCAGUCUUAGGUGGAACCAAGGACACUGUGUUAUCUAGUGUCACCGGUGCCACAAACGUAGCCAAGGGAGCCCUGCAAACUGGCUUGGACACCACACAGAAAAUAGCAACAGGCACUAAGGACACCGUCUGCACUGGGGUCACUGGAGCCAUGAAUGUGGCCAAAGGAGUUGUCCAAGGAGGUCUGGACACCUCAAAAUCAGUCUUAGGUGGAACCAAGGACACUGUGUUAUCUAGUGUCACCGGUGCCACAAACGUAGCCAAGGGAGCCCUGCAAACUGGCUUGGACACCACACAGAAAAUAGCAACAGGCACUAAGGACACUGUCUGCACUGGGGUCACUGGAGCCAUGAAUGUGGCCAAAGGAGUUGUCCAAGGAGGUCUGGACACCUCAAAAUCAGUCUUAGGUGGAACUAAAGACACUGUGUUAUCUAGUGUCACCGGUGCCACAAACGUAGCCAAGGGAGCCCUGCAAACUGGUUUGGACACCACACAGAAAAUAGCAACAGGCACUAAGGACACCCUCUGCACUGGGGUCACUGGAGCCAUGAAUGUGGCCAAAGGAGUUGUCCAAGGAGGUCUGGACACCUCAAAAUCAGUCUUAGGUGGAACCAAGGACACUGUGUUAUCUAGUGUCACCGGUGCCACAAACGUAGCCAAGGGAGCCCUGCAAACUGGCUUGGACACCACACAGAAAAUAGCAACAGGCACUAAGGACACUGUCUGUACUGGGGUCACUGGAGCCAUGAAUGUGGCCAAAGGAGUUGUCCAAGGAGGUCUGGACACCUCAAAAUCAGUCUUAGGUGGAACCAAGGACACUGUUCUCAGUGGUGUGAAUGGUGCAGCAAAAAUGGCCAAAGGAGCUGUCCAGAGUAGCUUGGAUGCUACACAAAACAUAGCAAUUGGCACUAAGGACACCGUCUGCACUGGGGUCACUAGUGCAGUGAAUGUGGCCAAAGGAGUUGUCCAAGGAGGUCUGGACACCUCAAAAUCAGUCUUAGGUGGAACCAAGGACACUGUCUUAUCUAGUGUCACCGGUGUCACAAACGUAGCCAAGGGAGCCCUGCAAACUGGUUUGGGCACCACACAGAAAAUAGCAACAGGCACUAAGGACACUGUCUGCACUGGGGUCACUGGAGCCCUGAAUGUGGCCAAAGGAGUUGUCCAAGGAGGUCUGGACACCUCAAAAUCAGUCUUAGGUGGAACCAAGGACACUGUUCUCAGUAGUGUGACUGGUGCAGCAAAAAUGGCCAAAGGAGCUGUCCAGAGUAGCUUGGAUGCUACACAAAACAUAGCUACUGGCACUAAGGACACCCUCUGCACUGGGGUCACUGGAGCCAUGAAUGUGGCCAAAGGAGUUGUCCAAGGAGGUCUGGACACCUCAAAAUCAGUUUUAGGUGGAACUAAAGACACUGUGUUAUCUAGUGUCACCAGUGCCACAAAUGUAGCCAAGGGAGCCCUGCAAACUGGUCUGGAUACCACAAAGUCAGUUGUGACUGGAACUAAGGACACUGUCUGCACUGGGGCCACUAGUGCAGUGAAUGUGGCCAAAGGAGUUGUCCAAGGAGGUCUGGACACCUCAAAAUCAGUCUUAGGUGGAACCAAGGACACUGUCUUAUCUAGUGUCACCGGUGCCACAAAUGUAGCCAAGGGAGCCCUGCAAACUGGUUUGGACACCACACAGAAAAUAGCAACAGGCACUAAGGACACCGUCUGCACUGGGGUCACUGGUGCAGUGAAUGUGGCCAAGGGAGUUGUCCAAGGAGGUCUGGACACCUCAAAAUCAGUCUUAGGUGAAACCAAGGACACUGUUCUCAGUGGUGUGACUGGUGCAGCAAAAUUGGCCAAAGGAGCUGUCCAGAGUAGCUUGGAUGCUACACAAAACAUAGCAACUGGUAGUAAGGGUUUGGGAUGCAGUACAGUCACUGGUACAGUAAAUGAAAAUGUUAUCCAGGAAGGUACAGACACCACAAAAUGCAUCAUGAGUGGAACCAACAACUGGAUCUGCAGUGGUUUGUCUGGUACAAUGCCCAUGGCCAAAGGAACCAUUCAAACUGGGUUGGAUACCACACCAUCAGUCACCCCUGUCAACAAAGAUGCUAUGUCCAGAGAAGAGACCAAAGCAGAGGAUCUGGCCAGAAAAACUGUCCCUGGAAGUACAGACACCGCCACAGCAUCCACAGCAGCCACAACAGGCACCACAGGCCUGGUCUCCAGCAUGAGGGAUUUUGCUAAAGAAGUCCCCCAGAUAGAAACAAGCGUACCUGACAACCCCAGCCUAGGUAAAGAGCCUGGUGCCACCCAUAUGGUGAUAGGCAACAUGGAAACCCUAGUGCACAAGUCAGAGAAGCAGCUGCCUGCUUUCUUCCCCAUGAACGAAGAAGAACAAGCUCAGCUGGCUGCCUCUGAUCUCGGGCCAAAGGUGCUGUCCACAGACCAGAACAAUUACUUUGUGCAAUUGGGAAACCUGUCCACCAGCCUGCACCAGCGGGCCUAUGAGCACACCCUAAGCAAACUGUGGCAGAGCAAGGCGCAGGCCUGGGGAACCUUGGCCCAGUUGCAGGAAACCCUCAAACUGAUUGAAGAGGCCAAACAGGACACAGAGGAGAGCCAUGCUGGUGAAGAGGGAAGACUAUUCCACCAGCAGAGGCUGGGUUGGAGCCAGUGCCAGGAGACUGAACAGACAGAGCUACCAGAGUCCAGGCUUCUCCCCAGGGCUCGAAGCCUAGUCCAAGAGCUCCAUGCCAGCUACGGGGUCCUGGCCACCAGCCUCCAGGGCCUUCCUACUGAGUUUCAGCAGGGGAUUCGGCGGGCACGUCACAGUGUGGGGGAACUUCAUGGUCUCCUCGCCAUUGCUCGCUCCUUUGGGGACUUGUCUGCCAUUGAGCUGGCCCAGAGUCGUGAGAGCCUGAAUCACACAUGGCAGGGCCUAGAAGGGCUGAUGGCAGGCCUGGCACAGGAGCCCCCGCUCACCUGGCUGAUGGGCCCUUUUACCCUGAUUAAGGAGUAGAAUACCAGGAGAAACCCCUUUUUCCCCCCAAGUGCUGAAGUUUGGAGUAAACCCAUGCUAUAUGCUUUAA